CUGAAUUCCUGUCACACUGGCAGUGGUGUAAGACGUAUUUAUAUCCUUUGCUGCAGCUUCGUGCCUAUGACCGAAUCACAGCCGUGACGAUAUACAGUACAAUAUCACAACCUCGAGGGUGAUAUUGCUUAAUUAACAUUGUAUAAAAAUGUUAAAUGAGAGACCUCUCUUUACACUUAGAUUAAAGCAAUGCAAGUUGUCAGGAGAGAGCUGUAAAACACUGGCAUCAACUCUCAGCUCCAGUUCCUCUAGUGUUAGAGAGCUGGAUCUGAGCAACAACGAGCUGAGGGAUUCAGGAGUGGAGUGGUUGUCUGCUCUGCUGGAGAGGUCAGAUCCUUCACUGGAGGCUCUGAGACUCAAUCAGUGUGGAGUCACAGAGAAGUCUUGUGAGUCACUUGCAUCAGCUUUCAGUUCUGACAUGUCCCUGAAAGAGCUGGACCUGAGCAACAACGACCUAAGGAGCUCUGGAGCGACACUCCUGUCUGCUGGACUGCAGAGUCCAAAAUGUAAACUAGAGACUCUGAGUCUGUCAGGCUGUCUGAUCACAGAGGAUGGCUGUGUUUCUCUGGCCUCAGCUCUGAACUCCAACCCCUCACAUCUGAGAGAGCUGGACCUGAGCUAUAAUCAUCCAGGAGACUCAGGAGUGACACUGCUACCUGCUGGGCUCAAGGAUCCACACUGGACACUGGACACUCUCAGAGUGCUCCAAGAAUGA